CCACCGACAAGUUGUAUAAUUUGUUUUCAACAUAGUGUCUGGUCUUCAGACCCGAAGACUGUGCAAACAUGUCCGUGGAUCCCCUGUCCAGCAAAGCCCUGAAGGUCAAGCGCGAGCUGAGCGAGAACACGCCGCACCUGUCGGACGAGGCGCUGAUGGGGCUGUCGGUGCGCGAGCUGAACCGGAACCUGCGCGGGCUCUCGGCCGAGGAGGUGACGCGGCUCAAGCAGCGGCGCCGCACGCUCAAGAACCGCGGCUACGCCGCCAGCUGCCGCGUGAAGCGCGUGUGCCAGAAGGAGGAGCUGCAGAAGCAGAAGUCGGAGCUGGAGCGCGAGGUGGACAAGCUGGCGCGCGAGAACGCCGCCAUGCGCCUGGAGCUCGACGCGCUGCGCGGCAAGUGCGAGGCGCUGCAGGGCUUCGCGCGCUCCGUGGCCGCGUCCCGCGGGCCCGCCACGCUCGUGGCGCCCGCCAGCGUCAUCACCAUCGUCAAAUCCGCGCCCGGCCCCGCCCCCAGCGCAGGCCCCGCCCCCUGCUCCUAG